AUGAGCGGGCAUCUCAAGGUGCUCAUCGUGGGAGCUGGACUAUCGGGGUUAGCAAUAGCCCAAGGCUUGAAGAAGAAUGGCAUCGACUAUGUCGUCUUUGACAAAGAAAGUUCGCCGCGCGAUCGCAACUGGGGCGUAACAAUCGCGUGGUCUCACCCAUUCCUCGCACAACUCCUACCGGAGGAGCUUUUCGAACGGCUGUCCGAAUGCCAACCAGACCCGGAACUGAACUCGAAACAGGCAGGAUGCGAAGGCGUGCUGAUUCGAGACGGUGCCACUGGCGACACCAUAGCUUCACCACCGUUUCCUGGCGUAAGACGACUUAACAUCCAGAAAACUCGGAAGAUCUGGUCAAAAGACAUCAACGUCAAGUUCGGCAAGACCGUCAGCAACAUCGAGCUCACACCCGAUGGCGUAACGGCACAGUUCGAAGACGGCACCUCCGAGUCCGGCAGCGUUCUGGUCGGUGCAGAUGGUGGAGGUUCCUGGGUCCGAAAGUGGCUGCUAGCAGACCAGGCCACGCCCCAAGUGAUGCCUUACAUCUUCCUGAAUUUCCCCAUGCGUUUCACGGCCGAGCAAGCACUGCAGAUGGAUCAGAUGAUGCAUCCGAUCGUUGAUGUCGGCGUGCACCCGAAGUCGAUGUACAUCGGUGUCUUCCUGCUGGACAAGCCUGACCUGCACGACCCAACGACAUGGAUCUUUUAUAUUCUCGCGACGUGGCCAAAGACCGUCACACCCAGCGAGGAGAACGCGGAUAUGGUCGAUGAGCUGCGCAAAAGAGCAAAAGACUGGGCAGACCCAUACAAGUCUGCAGUGGAGUGGAUUCCGGAGGACGUCAAGGCCAAGGCUGUGCCGUUCAGGAUCUGGGGGCCACCUUCAUCAGGCUGGAAUAACCAGAGUGGUAAGGUGACACUGGCUGGAGAUGCAGCCCACAGCAUGACUUUUCAUCGUGGCCAAGGAGCCAACAAUGCCAUCCGUGAUAGUGAGCGGUUCGUCAAUGCUAUGCUUAAAGUCAAGGGCGGAGAAAUGUCGCUGUCUGAGGCUGUUUCGGAGUAUGAUGAGGACGUGAUCGCGAGGGGUAGCCGAGAGGUUGAGAUAUCCAGAAUCCAGACCGAAGCCUUCCAUGAUCACGCCAACUUUCUGGAAAGUCCUGUUGUGAAAAUGGGAAUCAAGCCGGUUGCAACUGUGACCAAUGCUGACGGCGAACAGACGGCUUGA